CCUGUUCGGAGCAAGACCACAACUCUUAUUAAUAGCAAGACUGCAACAUGGGUGACUACGGUCAGUACGAUGUGCCCAAGGCGGACGAGAUGAUCAACUUCAAGGUUGGUCAGCCCGCCCCUGCCAUGCUGCCGCUGGACAAGAUCCGCGAGGCUGCUACGCUUAAGUUUUCCGAGACGGACCCUAUGUUCCUGCAGUACGGUGUGAUUAAGGGCUACCCCAAGUUCCGCAAGACUCUGGCUGAGUUCCUGACCAAGGGAUAUCAGCACGAGGUGGACCCGGAGAAGCUCUUCGUGACGAACGGCGUGACCGGCGGUCUGGCGCUCAUCUGCUCGCUGUUCCUGCAGUCGGGCGACCUCGUGUUCAUGGAGGAGCCGUCGUACUUCCUUGCGCUGAGCAUCAUGAAGGACUUUAAGAUCAACGUGCGUCAGAUCCGUAUGGAGGAGGACGGACUGGACAUCGACGAGCUCGAGCGUCUGCUACAGCGUGGCAUUGUUCCUAAGAUGCUGUACACCAUCCCCACGUGCCACAACCCCACGGGGCGAACACUCAGCGUUGAGAAGCGUAAGCGUCUAGUAGAGCUCAGUGUCAAGUACGGCUUCAUCAUCGUGGCCGAUGAGGUGUACCAGCUGCUGUCCUUCCCGCACGUGACGCCCCCUCCGCCCAUAUUCACGUUUGACGAGCACGACACGGUGCUCGCUCUGGGUAGUUUCUCCAAGAUCCUGGCUCCUGCUCUUCGUCUGGGCUGGAUCCAGGGCUCUCACAAGCUUCUGAGCAAGAUCGAGGGCUGUGGCCAGCUCGACUCCAGCGGCGGUAUCAGCCCCGUCAUUUCCGGUAUCGUUCACGCCGCUAUCGCCUCGGGACUGCAGCAGGAACACCUGGACACGACUGUGCAGACUCUUUGGGGCCGUGCUGACGCUCUCAUGAAGGAGCUGAAGGCCUGUCUGCCUGAGGGCGUGACGUUCGAGGUCCCGGAUGGUGGCUACUUCGUCCUGGUGCGUCUGCCCGAGGGCUUGAACGCCAACGACCUGCUGCCUAUUGCUCAGAAGCACAAGGUCAUGUUCCUACCUGGGGCCUCGUUCAGCAGCAACAUGAAGAACUUCCUGCGACUCAGUUUCUCGUGGUACGACUUCCCAGACAUGCAGCUCGGCGCUCGUCGUCUUGCGGACGCUAUUCGUGAGUAUCAGGAGAUCUUCGCAGCCCAGAAGAAGUCGGAGGAGGCUUCGGCCACUAGUGCCGGUCAGGGUGUCCGCGUUGCCGUGCACGGACACGACGGACGUCUGGGCUCGCUCAUUGUGACUGAGCUCAGCAAGACCGACAACGACGCUAGCUUUGCUGGUGCCAUUGUCACGCGUCUUGAGACUGGCGUCCAGGCCCCGGACCUUAACAACGUGGACGUUGUUAUCGACGUGACGCUGCCUGCUGGCACCAAGAAGGUUAUCGCGUACCUCCGUGAACAGAAGGACGCUGGCAAGAUCAACAAGCUGCCUGCUCUGGUUGUGGGCACGACGGGUGCGCUGCCAAUGGAGGACCUGGAGGCCUACUCGAAGCUGGCCCCUGUCGCCCUUCGCUCGAACUUCUCGGUGGGUGUGCCCCUCGUGUCGGAGCUGAUUAAGGCUGCUGCCUUCAAGCUGCCCACUGAGGGCUGGAACGUCGAGGUGACGGAGAUCCACCACACCAAGAAGCUGGAUGCUCCUAGCGGAACGGCCAAGACGCUGGUCAAGUCGCUGGCUGCCACGGGUGCCGCGUGUCUGGGCGAGACCGGCCAGGCCCCGACGCACUCUCUGCGUCUGGGCGACGAGGUCGGCCAGCACACUGUGCUAUUUGCUGGCCCCGGCGAGCGCAUUAAGAUCGUCCACCAGGCCACUCGCCGUGAGGUGUUCGCCAUCGGUGCCGUGCGUGUCGCCUCGCAGGCUCCUUCCAUGCCUCUCGGCCUGCACUCGGACUAA